ACAGCAAGUUGGAAAGCCGUUGUGAGGCGAGUCGAGGGCGUGUAUAGAACUUUAAUGGAUAGUGUUGAGUUCCUGACAUUGCACACCGAUGGCUGCCUCAGUCUUGAAGCUUUUACACUUUCACUUGGCUGUGUGGUCUUCACUAGGAUGAUAGUGGUCGGUGACAGUUAGAAGCAUGCUUCCCACUGCUCUCCCUGACCCCGUUUGCCACCCAGGAUGUCUGUGAGUGAGAGCGCACUGUUUGCCUAUGAGUCUUCUGUGCACAGCACCAACGUCUUGCUGAGCCUCAAUGACCAGCGGAAGAGGGAUGUGCUGUGCGAUGUCACGGUCGUGGUGGAGGGCCAGCGGUUCCGAGCCCACCGCGCGGUGCUGGCUGCGUGCAGCAGCUACUUCCACUCGAGAAUCGUAGGCCAGACGGAUGCCGAACUCACCAUCACUCUGCCUGAAGAGGUGACAGUUAAAGGAUUUGAACCUUUAAUUCAGUUUGCCUACACUGCCAAACUCAUUUUAAGUAAAGACAAUGUUGACGAAGUUUGCAAGUGUGUGGAGUUUUUAAUUGUGCACAAUAUCGAGGAAUCCUGCUUUCAGUUUCUCAAGUUUAAGUUUUUGGACUCCACUGCAGAGCAGCAAGAAUGUGCCAGAAAAAAAUGCUUCUCCUCACACUGUCAGAAAGCAGACUUUAAAAUUUCACUCUCCGACCAGAAAGAUCUAGAAAUCGAUGAGGCAGAGGAGUUCUUGGAAAAGAAAAGUGUUCAGACUCCUCAGUGUGACCCCCAGAGGUGUCAGCGCAAUGUGAAAGCGUCACCCUCUCUCCAAGACAGUGCCAGCCAGACGUGCCAGUCCAUAUGCUCGGAAAAGGAUGGCACCCUGGCGCUGCCAUCUCUAUGCCCCAAAUACAGAAAAUUCCAGAAAGCGUUUGGAACUGACAAGAUCCGCACCCUAGAAUCCGGCCUCAAAGAUGUCCACGCUGCUUUUGUCCAACCCAAUGAGACAUCUGACCUGGAGUGUGUCGGGGGAGCACAAGGCUGCGCAGACUUGCAAGUGAUUUUAAAAUGUGAAGAAACGAAGCCAGCCAUGGAGAGCGAGGAGACGAAGCGCAGAGACCCCACCUCUCGGGGCCCCACGGCGCAGAGUGGCGAAGUGGCUCCCUUCCCGCACAAUUCUGCAGACCCUCACGGGCUCUACUCCCUGCCUCUCUUACACACAUACGACCAGUCUGGUGACUUGGGCUUCACUGGGGUGCAGAGUAAAACAGUGAAAACAGAAAAGCCUUUGCCAGGUGCGGAUGCCCAGGAAGAGAAGCCGUUUGGUGAAAAUCCCGAUUUGUACCUGAAAUCUGACGCGGGCCCCAAAGAAGACAGCAGCAGCCUUGCAUCCGGCGAUCGGAGUAGUGUGGAGAGGGAGGUGGCAGAGCACCUGGCCAAAGGCUUCUGGAGUGACAUUUGCAGCACGGACUCUGCUUGCCAAAUGCAGUUGUCACCUGCCGCGGCCAAAGAGGGUUCAGAACAGGGCUGCUCGCAAAGGCGCUCCGAGUGCCCCUGGUUGGGUAUCAGGAUCAGCGAGAGCCCGGAGCCGGGCCAGCGGACUUUCACAACUCUCAGCUCCGUCAACUGCCCUUUCAUCAGUACUCUGGGUUCUGAAGGCUGCUCCAGCAACUUGGAAAUCGGAAACUACGAUUACGUGACAGAGCCUCAGCAGGAGCCUUGUCCCUAUGCUUGCGUGAUCAGCUUGGGAGAUGACUCUGAGACCGACACAGAAGGGGACAGCGAGUCCUGUUCGGCCCGGGAGCAGGAAUGUGAGGUAAAACUGCCAUUUAAUGCUCAACGAAUAAUUUCGCUCUCAAGGAAUGAUUUCCAGUCCUUGUUGAAGAUGCACAAACUGACCCCAGAGCAGCUGGACUGUAUCCAUGACAUCCGCAGAAGGAGUAAGAACAGAAUCGCUGCACAGCGCUGUCGCAAGAGGAAACUUGACUGUAUUCAGAACCUUGAAUCAGAAAUCGAGAAGCUGCAAAGUGAAAAGGAGAGCCUGCUGAAGGAGCGAGAUCACAUUCUGUCAACGCUGGGUGAAACGAAGCAGAAUCUCACGGGACUUUGCCAGCAAGUGUGCAAGGAAGCCGCCCUGAGUCAGGAGCAGAUUCAGAUCCUCGCCAAAUACUCGGCCUCAGACUGCCCGCUUUCUUUCUUAGUGUCUGAGAAAGGAAAAAGUGCUCCUGCCGGUGAGCUUGCUUUUCCUUCAGCCUUCAGUGUGUCUGAUGUGCCUCCACCUGCACCACGUCCCUGUGGGCCAGGGAGCAGCAAGGCAGGCCAGGUGCAAGUGUCCCAGACAACCACGCCAACCACCGCAGCUGCCCUAGAGCAGGCCACACUGUUGGAACCCUGUCGGCAGAGUGGUGGCAUCUCAGACUUCUGUCAGCAGAUGACUGACAAGUGUACUACCGAUGAGUAAACCGCACGAGCACCCUUCAGCCCGUGGAUUUCCUCCGGAAGUUUUGGCAUUGUCCCGAGAGCCGCACCUGCCAUGUCUACUUGUUAGUAGCCCUGCUUCCCCCUGGUAGCUUUCCAUUGAGGGAAUUUCUCUUUUAAGAACCCUGAGUUCUCCUUGAUUUUCACAGGAGACAUGACAUGACUUACCUCUUGGAUGCUGAAAAAUCACAUGUGAAAAUAUAGAGUAAUAAUCUCCCAGUAUUCAAAAUACCUACCGCAGUGAGAACUGUGGUGUCCCUUUCAACAGCUUGAAGCAUCUGCACACGGUCCUCCUGGCCUGUGGAAGCUUGAUAAUCUACCUUUUGGCAGUAUACUGAUCAAAAAGAAAAAUUCUCCCCAAGCAGUGUGGUGGUGAUCUACCCAGAGGGGGCUGUCAGUGCUGAGAGUGUUUGUGUUACGUGGGAAAAAAAUCUUCUUUGAACUCUAACGCUCUGCUCCUCAGCUCCUACCAAAAUCCAGCGUGGGCUGGACCUGGUGACCCCGAGGCUGUCCUGGCAGGACAUAGUGAAGGGCCCCAGCUGGCCUGAGCUGGAGGCCUCCUCUCCUCAGUAUUGACUUCUGGCUGCACAAACAGUAGAUAAUGUCAUUUUCCCUGCUCUUUGUUCCCCUCUGUACUCUCUGCCAUGUCUAGGCCAGUUAGGAACUUUCUGUUCCCUUCUUGUCCCUUGGAGGAAGACAUGGGAGUUAGGCUGAAUGGCCUGAGUGUGCACAAGCUGGCCAGAACUGUAGUUGCCACAGAUCUGGAGAGCUUCACCCUGCGAGAGGCUUGAUGUCUUGCCGCAGGUCACCAGUGCCCAGGAGGGCAUUGGGAUCGGGUGAGAGGGAUGUCCACAUUGACCAGAGCGCAGCUCAUUGGCAUCCUAAUGAAGAGUGUGCUCUGUAAAAAGCCUUGUUGGAGCAAAGGUGGCUGCUCAGCUCUGCUGGCGUUAGAAACCAUAGAUUUCCGUCUCAGUCCAUUAUGGUUUGCACUUGAGAAGCAGGGUGACUCCUUUAAUCCUUCCCCCCGCUUUGGUAUGCUGUGGAGACACACACAUCACUUUGACUUGGACAUUGAGAAGUCAGCCUUGUGCUUAUUUAAUGUUGGUAGAAAAUGAAUUUAUAAUAAUUCGUCUGAGCAUCUACCCCAUAACAUUUUUGCAGUGAUUCUUAACUGUUCUGGAAUCUCACACUGCAGACCUCUGCAGUGGAAAGAAAACCCUGUAUAUACAGGUUCAGUAUCCCUACUCAAGGAAUGUGAAACGCCUUAAAGUUGUCAACGCUCUGAGUACAGCUGACACCACAUGUGGGAUGUCCCAAUCCUGAUCUCCGGAGGCAGGUCACAGUCAAAACAGGAUCUUCAGCAUCUUCUGAGAGCUUUGAGCUCUGUGUGUAAGGUACAUAGGAACUUCACCAAGACUUGGGGGGAGGGUCUUAUCGUUAAGCUGUCUCGUAGCAGUCUGUGGAAGUGGAUAUUUGAUAGUAGGAAAACUGAGGUGUGAAGCACCUCUGGUCUCACCCCCGCCCCCAUAAGGGAGCCUCUCAGGAUGCUCCCAGAAGCCGUUGUAGAGUCCUCUUUAAAGGAACGAGGAACAGUCCAUAGGACAUCAUCUCUCCAAGUCAGGUAUCUGAAAGAGACACUCAUCUCUACUGCAUGCCACAUCUAGUGGAGAUCCUAGAGAGAGAGGGUGGGGGUGGGGGUGGGGAAGGAGAGGGAGAGGGAGAGGGAGAGAGCACGCCAGAGAGCCACCCUGAGUGUGGUAUCAAGUCAGUCUAGUAGCAAGCUGAUGUUUGCUGUGAGAACAAUGGGGACCAGAAUCAAUCUUUCAUAAUUUCAUAGGAAGUUGUCAGAUGAUGCCCUUUUUUCUUGGGGUGCAGGGAGGGAGGAAGGAUAGUGUAUAUUUUAUCUUUGGAAGAGAAAAUUAAGUUGGAAUUAUUUCCUAGAAACUUGGAAAAGUCCACUCAGUUCGUCUGGGAGAGAAUGCUCACUGUGACCAGGCAUCGCAUGUUACAAAAGAGCUGUGUAUAUAUGUAUGUAUAUGUCCCCACGCAGCUAUCUGAUACUUGUAAUUUUAGAUUUCAACUUAACAUAAAAUAAUAUGAAAACUUCUCUGGUUUACAAAGUGUAAAAUCUUAUAGAAGCCAAUGGAACCCUCGAUCUCCUACCUCACUGUACACUCGGCUGUCUGUCAUCAGUUUUUGUGUGUACCUAAUGUCAAAUUUUUUUGCUUUAAAUGUAACUGUAAAUAUUUGCUUUUGGAAAGUUACUUACCACUUUAUGAUAAAAUGCAGUUCUCUCCUCAAUUUAAAGAUUUUUUUUUUUAAGACACUUGGUUUAGUCUCCCUAUGAACAGUUUAGCAUUAAGGGUUAAUUUUUAUGCUGUUUGGUAAUUGGCCAAGUGUAGUAUUUCUUAAGAUUUAGCAUUACUUUUAACAGCCAGCAUAUAAUACAAGUAACUACACUACCUCAUACCUAUGUGAUUUUCAAGUUGUAUUAGAUGGACAGGAAGGAUUUUACCUUUGUCUUUUGGCCAUAAGGUGGGUUGGUUUUCUGUAUAUUGCAUAGCAUUACACAUUUAUGCCUAUUUGUUUCAAGGAAAUAUUUUUUUGGGGGGGGGUGCCGAAGACAAAUGAUAGGAUCAUAUGUGUACAAUGUAUGCCUUUUCCUUCAUGCAGAGUUUUGACAAUGUUUUUAGUUUGUGUUUUGCAUAUUCACAAAUCAUGGCUCCUUGUUGUAUGAUCUGGCCUUCUCAAUGCCUGGUGAUUUUAUUUUAUUUUUUUAAAGUUGUUGUAUCUGACUCAAUACAAUAAUGUCAUCUUAAAUUUUUGCCCCUUAUUUGAAUACUAUAGCUACAAGCAAAUACUUUGUUAAAUUGUUAUAUUCAGAAUAAAUAUGGAUAUAGCAUUGAUUGUCCACCUGCAAGCUCUAUAACAAUUUACUGUAGCUUGAUGCUUAGCCAAUUUUAAGUUAGGAAUUCAACAUAUAUGACACAGGGGAUGUUGGAGGUGGCGUGAGGACACUCAGCCACAUUAACAAUUUGGAAAAAAAGAGAAGCAAAUGGCGAUGUUACAGUGAAUUCUCAGGUGAACCUUUCAGUUACAAAAACAUCUAUUUUGAAUUUGUAAAUAUUUUAACUGUUUUAUUAAGGCAUGUACUAAACUAUUCUUUGAUGCCUGUUGGGUGGAAUGAAAAUUUAAAGCCAUAAUGGUAAAAGAUGGCAUACUGAUUGUAAAAUAAACAGAUAAUAAUAUUGAUGUUUUGUAUCUUUCAUAAUAUAAUUUUUCUAACUUCAAUAAAACCACUGGACUUAUAUAUUCAUGUCCUAUUAAGCCCAUGUUUCAUUAGAAGUACACUUUAUAAUAUUUAAUUUACAUUGCCUUCCUGAUAUCCUUGUCUAAAUGUGUUGAAAUAUAAGUAUUCGAUGCUGAUGGUAGACUGACAGUUAAAUAAAGUUCCUAACCCUGCUUUUAAUGGA